AUGGGAGCACUGCAUGAAAGUGAUCUACAAUUGUUACCGACGGCUUUUGCAGACGAAGUACCCAAAGGACAACAGCUUGACGCUCACAAAUGCCAGUCUCAACCUGGUCACAUUUGGUUAAUUCUUGCCUCUUUCCAUUGUUACACAGACAUCAAUGAGUGUACCAGGAACCCGUGCCAACACGGAAUCUGUGUGAACAGGUAUGGUGGAUACAAAUGUACCUGCUCACCUGGAUGGACUGGACAGAACUGUCAGAAAGACAUCAAUGAGUGUAUCAGAAACCCUUGCCAUCAUGGUACCUGUGCAAACCAAGAUGGCGGAUACAACUGUACCUGCGUACCUGGAUGGACUGGACAGAACUGUCAGAAAGACAUCAAUGAAUGCAAUGGUACCAACACACCCUGUCAGCAUGGCCGCUGUGUGAACAAAGCUGGUGGAUACAAAUGCAUCUGCUCAUCUGGAUGGACUGGACAGAACUGUGAGCAAGACGUCGAUGAAUGUACCGGAAACCCAUGCCGACAUGGAAGCUGUUAUAACAAAGAUGGUGGAUACACUUGCAGCUGCUACAAUGGAUGGACUGGACAGAACUGUCAGCAGGACUUCAACGAGUGCUCGGGAAGGCCCUGUCACCAUGGAAGCUGUGAGAACACUCCGGGUGGUUACAACUGCAGGUGCUCACGGGGAUGGAGGGGAAGGAACUGUCAGGAUGGUGAGUUUUAA